AUGACUCCGAGGGAGUCCCUCCAGUAUGCAGGGAUCCUGUCUUUGUUGCUCCAUUUUGGGUGGACAUGGAUUGGGACAGUCGUUACGGAUAAUGAGAAUGGGGAGCGAUUCCUCCAAAUGGUGGUCCCACUGUUUGCCAAGAGUGGUGUCUGUUUUGAUUUCAACGAAAAAAUCCCUGAACCUACUUUUGGCAGGGAUCUUAAAAACCUUUUUGAGAAGGGGGCAAAAAUUCGUGAUAAUAUUGUGGACAGUACAGCCAACGUAUUGGUGGCCAAUGGAGAAUCGUAUUCCAUGGCAUUUUUUAGAUGGCUACCAUAUCUAUCAGAACAAGAACAUGUGACAAAUGCACCAGUUGGUAAGAAGGUGGUUUCAUUUAACAACAGUGCUGGGGACAAGGUUUGUUUUAAUGAGAAUGGAGAGUUAGUCACUGGAUUCGAUGUGAUCAAUUGGAUCGUGUCCUCAAACCAAUCUUUUCAAAGAGUGAAAGUUGGGAGGAUGGAUGCCAAGUCUGCUCCAGGACAAGCAUUCACCAUCAGUCCAGAUGACAUAACAUGGAACAGCUGGUUCAAUCAGGCACAGCCUCUGUCUGUGUGCAGUGAGAGCUGCAACCCUGGUUCUAGGAAGAAGAUGAAGGAAGGGGAGCCAUUUUGCUGCUAUGACUGCAUCCUGUGUCCCGAAGGAAAGGUUUCAAGCAAGAAGGACAUGCAUUACUGUCAUUCAUGUGAACAUGGAAAGUAUCCAAGCAAGCACCAGAAUGUCUGUAUCCCCAAGCCUAUUAACUUCUUCUCUUAUGAAGAAACUUUGGGCAUCAUUUUGACUGGUACUGUUCUUCUCUUCUGCUUGAUCACGGCUCUGGUGCUCGGAAUAUUUCUGAAGCAUCACGAGACACCCAUCGUCAAGGCCAACAACCGGCACCUCACCUACUCUCUCCUCACCUCCCUGCUGCUCUGCUUCCUGUGCGCACCGCUCUUCAUCGGCCAGCCACAGAGGGUGACGUGCCUCCUCCGACAAACCGCUUUUGGCAUCAUCUUCUCUGUGGCUGUUUCCUGCGUGCUGACAAAGACAGUCAUGGUGGUCUUGGCCUUCAGAGCCACCAAACCAGGAUGCAGAAUGAGGAAGUGGAUGGGGAAGGGACUGGCCAACACACUCCUUCUUUCCUGCUGCCUCAUCCAGACAGGGAUCUGUAUUGCCUGGCUGGCAACUGCUUCUCCUUUUCCUGAUACUGACAUGCAUUCAGUGGCUGAGGAAAUCAUACUGGAGUGUAACGAGGGAUCCAUAAUGAUGUUCUACUGUUUCCUGGGCUAUCUGGGCUUGCUGGCCAGUGUCACCUUCAUUGUGGCUUUUCUUGCCAGAAAGCUCCCAGACAGUUUCAAUGAGGCCAAAUUCAUCACAUUCAGUAUGCUGGUCUUUUGCAGUGUCUGGUUAUCCUUUGUGCCUUCCCACCUGAGCACCAAAGGAAAAUACUUGGUGACUGUGGAGAUCUUUUCUAUCUUAGCCUCCAGUUCGGGACUGCUUGUUUGCAUCUUCUUACCCAAAUGUUAUAUCAUUUUGCUGAAACCUGAGUUGAACAAGAAGGAAUACUUAAUAAGAAGAACAGCUUGA